GAACUUUACUGGGAAUCAAAUCAAAGGCUGUAGUCUGGAGCCGGCAACGUCCAAAUGCAAGUUAAAGUUGGCUUUGACAGCGAGUCGAACCCACAAUCAGAACUGAAACCUAAAUCACACUCACAGACCAAGAGCAGAACUGCUGAUGGGCUGGACAGCACUAAAGACCCCUGUCUGAAAGUUCACUGCCCUCCUCACAAAGUGUGUGUGAGCCACAACUUCCAGACGGCCAUCUGCACCAAUCACAAACCAGCACAGCACAGCAUUAAACCCAGGAAAGGAAAUCCCCCCCAUAAGAAUUGGAUGGGACCUGUGAAACAUGGGAAAUGUAGGCCAUGUCCUGUAGUUCACUCAAGCUCGGUGUGCGGCUCUGACGGACACACAUACUCCUCAAAGUGUAAACUUGAUUUCCAGGCCUGCAGCUCGAGUAAGAGCAUCUCUGUGAAGUGUGAGGGUCCGUGUCCCUGCCUGCCAGGACAGGAAGUCAUCAGACCACACGCAGAGAAGAACGGUGAGUCACUUCCUGUUUGUUAGGAUGUUGAUAGGACUU